GUCUCGGCCAGUAGUGUCGUACAUCAGCCAGCAUGAAGUUCAUCCUUCUCGCCGCACUGGUCGCCGUAUCCGCCGCCGUCCCCCAAGGAUACGGCGCCCCUCCUCCACGCUACGGCUCCGACGAGCAGGUCCCCAUCCUCAAGGACGAGCGCGUGAUCGAGGACGACGGGAGGUACAACUUCGACGUGGAGACCGCCAACGGCAUCGUGGUGUCCGAGUCUGGCUCUCCCGGGAACAAGGGAGCCAUCGCCAGUGCUGGGUUCUUCUCCUACACCGCUCCUGACGGCACCCCCAUCAGCCUCAAGUUCGUGGCUGACGAGAACGGCUACCAACCCCAGUCCGACUUCCUGCCCGUGGCUCCCGAGUUCCCCCACCCGAUCCCUCAGUUCGUCCUCGACCAGAUCGCCUUCGCCGCCCAGGAGGACGCCCGCAGGCCCAGCGAACCCUCCGGCAGAUAUGGCGCCCCUUAGAAAGAAUGAAAGAAAAGCUAAAAUCAAAACAAAACAAAUGAACGACGUAAAGGAUGCUGGCAUAGAUUUACCAAUUUGAUUAUUUAUUUGUAUCUAUCUUUAAGUCUGUUAAAUAAGAUGAGUUAUUCCAUAUA